UAACCAAAAACCAAAAAAGAAGAUUUUUUACAUUCGACGAGCGUGAUCGAAACGGCGAUGGUUGACCAGAGUCCUCGCCGUGUUGCCGUGGCGGCGGUCCUAUUACUAGUGGUUAUCAGCGAUUUGUCAAAUUCUGCGGGAGCUGCGAAUUCGGUGUCGGCUUUCGUUCAGAACGCCAUCUUGUCCAACAAGAUUGUCAUCUUCUCCAAAUCCUACUGCCCGUAUUGCUUGCGGUCGAAACGUAUCUUCAGCCAACUUAAGGAAGAGCCCUUUGUUGUGGAGCUUGAUCAGCGAGAGGACGGAGAUCAAAUCCAGUAUGAGCUCUUAGAAUUCGUUGGUCGUCGUACUGUCCCGCAAGUUUUUGUAAACGGCAAGCAUAUUGGUGGAUCAGAUGAUCUUGGAGCUGCUUUGGAGAGUGGUCAGUUGCAAAAGCUUCUUGCUGCAAGUUGAUUUUUCGGACCUGGAAUGUGGAAUCUACAGUAUGUGAUUUACAGGAAUUAGAAAUCUUUGCUAGUUGUAGACUGAAUAAGUGAAUUGGUUUGUAUGACUCAGUUAUAUAAGUUAUGAUGGCAUUGAUAAAGUCUUGAUCUUUUGUUACUGCACUGCUCUGGUGAUUGUUUCGCUUAAAUAAUCCAUACUUGUGUGC